AAAAAUGAAAGCUAAAGAAGGUUUGUUGUGUUGUUGGUGAAUUUUGCGGCGACGAGCAGAGCGUGGCAAGAAUACCAAAAAGCGAGUGAAGUUGAAAUUGGAAUCGAAAUUUGACCCAAUUCUCCCGAAUUCAUCCCCACAGUUCACCAUCGGCGAGUGAGUUUCAAACCCUAAUUCCCCAAUUGAAGAACCACUCGCGCAAUUCCUCCACUCGCUGCUUGUUGUGUAUGCGCGCCUCUACACUUUCUUCCCUUCCCGGAUUCUCAUGAAAAACAUUCUUCUUCAGGUUCUCUCUCUCCACUUCUCACCCCAAUCUCUUCUUGUCACUUUUAUUCGAUUCUAUUGCUGUUUUGAUAGUGUUUUCUCUUGGGAUUUUCCAUUUUACAUGCUUAUUUCGUUGCUUUGACAGUGUCGAUGGAGAAUUGUUUCUCUAUCUGUAGUGUACUUGAUUAGAUUUGGGAAAUCUGCAAUUCUACUCUUGCUUCUUCUCCCCCUCCUCCUGAUUUUAGUUAAUUCGAUAUGGGUUUUUCUUUGUCCCCCUUUUUCUGUAUGUUUGGUCUCUCAAUCAGUGUUGAGAGGUUGGGUCGUUAUAAUACUCUUGACUUCUUGAAUUGGGAUUCUGUCGAUAAUCACUUCUAGAGUUUUGUUUCUUAUUUGGUACGAUGUCUCUGGUGCUUGUAGUCGGUGUGAAAGUUGACGCUUUAGUUGUGUAAAGUGGGAACCUUUUAACUCAUUAAAGGUUAAAAGAGAAACGAGUUCUGUAUUCUCUAGCACUUCUUUUACUUUCCUUUCGUCAAAGGAUUUCUGAAACAGAAAAUUGCAGUUUUUAAUAUCAGCCGUGGUGUAGAUUAUGUGCAAUGCAACUUAUAUAUGUAGCUGAAUAUUUUAAAAUAUUUGAUGCCUCGUAUUUGUAAGCGAUUGAGUUGAGUUACUUGAAAAGUUUCCAUCGCGUUUGUUUACUGGGCCAGCUGUUUUUUUGAUGUCUUCGAUCAUGUGAAUGUUGGCAUUUAAUUAUUGUCCAUGAUUUUAAAAAUGCAAGCUUUAACAAACAUAUAUUGGUAAUCUUCGUAGUAAUGGAUUUGAAAGUUUAUUGGAUAAUGCCUUGAGGUUUAUGUCAGGUGAAGUGAGAGUGCGAUCCCUCUAUCAUUUCAGGCUUAUGAAAAUGACCAGCGGGGAAAUUCAGUCAAAGCAAAAGAUUGUAAAUUAUGCGAUGAUGAAAAGGAAUGAAUUAUGUGGCAGCAUCUAGGUCGAAAUGUGAAGACUCUACUUUUUUCUGCUGAAAAAUGGUUGACGUUGUGGCUGAAAUGCAAGAUAGGGAUGGUGGAAUUGUUAGGUUACCUAAGAAGGACAUCUUGUUUGAAGGGGAUAUAGAUUUUGAGCCACACAGUGGAAUUGAAUUUGAAUCCCAUGAAGCCGCAUACACAUUUUAUCAAGAAUAUGCCAAAUCAAUGGGAUUCACCACAUCAAUUAAGAAUAGUCGACGUUCAAAGAAAUCAAAAGAAUUUAUUGAUGCAAAAUUUGCAUGUUCCAGAUAUGGAGUCACUCCUGAAUCUGAGAGUGGAAAUAGCCGAAGGCCGAGUGUGAAAAAGACUGACUGUAAAGCCAGCAUGCAUGUGAAGAGAAGGCAAGAUGGAAGAUGGAUUAUUCAUGAAUUCAUAAAAGAUCACAAUCACGAGCUUUUACCUGCUCUUGCAUACCAUUUUCGUAUCCAUAGGAAUGUAAAACUGGCUGAGAAGAAUAACAUAGACAUUUUGCAUGCUGUCAGUGAAAGAACACGGAGGAUGUAUGUUGAGAUGUCGAAAAAAUGCGGUGGGUACAGAAAUUUCAGUUUCCCACAGAUUGACACGACUUAUCAGUUUGAAAAAGGCCGGUAUUUAGCUCUUGAUGAGGGGGAUGCCCAAAUAUUGCUCGAAUACUUUAAACGUAUCCAAAAGGAGAAUCCCUACUUUUUCUAUGCUAUAGACUUAAAUGAAGAGCAGCGUCUGAGAAACUUGUUUUGGGUUGAUGCCAAAAGUAGAAACGACUAUGUUAGUUUCACUGAUGUUGUUUCUUUUGAUAUCUCAUACAUUAAAACCAAUGAUAAGCUUCCCUUUGCUCCUUUCAUUGGGGCGAACCAUCAUGCGCAGUCAAUGGUGCUUGGUUGUGCACUGGCUGCAGAUUGGACUAAACCAACAUUUACCUGGUUGAUGAAGACAUGGCUCGGAGCAAUGGGCGGGAAAGCUCCAAAAGUUAUUAUUACUGAUCAAGACAAAGCCUUGAAAUUAGCAAUUGAAGAAGUGUUCCCAAAUACCCGCCAUUGCUUUGCUCUUUGGCAUAUAUUGGAAAAGAUACCUGAAACUCUUGCUCAUGUAAUCAAACGACACGAAAACUUCUUGACAAAAUUUAAUAAAUGCAUUUUUAAGUCAUGGUCUGAUGAGCAGUUUGAUAUGAGAUGGUGGAAAAUGGUUACUAGAUUUGAACUUCAAGAUAAUGAAUGGAUUCAAUCAUUGUAUGAUGAUCGUAAAAAAUGGGUACCAACUUAUAUGGAGGACAUCUUCUUGGCUGGAAUGUCAACUGCUCAGCGUUCUGAUAGUAUGAAUGCUUUCUUUGACAAGUACAUUCACAAGAAAAUUACGCUGAAAGAGUUUUUGAGACAGUAUGGAAUCAUUUUGCAAAAUAGGUAUGAAGAGGAAGCAAUAGCAGAUUUUGAUACAUUGCAUAAACAGCCAGCCUUAAAAUCUCCUUCUCCCUGGGAGAAACAAAUGUCUACAAUUUACACACACACAAUAUUUAAGAAAUUCCAAAUUGAAGUUUUGGGUGUAGUUGGCUGUCGUAUGAGAAAUGAAAUUGAAGAUGGUACCAUUACUACAUUCAGAGUUCAGGACUGUGAGAAAGAUGAACAUUUUUUAGUAAGGUGGCAUAAAUUGAACUCUGAAGUUUCUUGUUUCUGCCGUUUGUUUGAAUAUAAAGGUUUUCUUUGUAGACACGCAUUGAUUGUGUUGCAAAUGCUUGAUUUUCGGAGCAUCCCAUCUCAAUAUAUUUUAAAGAGGUGGACAAAAGAUGCAAAGAGUAGGCAACCAAUUACUGAAGGAACAGAAUUUAGACAGAACAGAGUACAACGUUACAAUGAUUUAUGUAAGAAGGCAAUUGAAUUGAGUGAAGAAGGAUCACAUUCUGAGGAGUGUUAUAAUAUUGCCAUCCGUACAUUAGUAGAAGCUCUAAAGAACUGUGUUAAUAUUAACAACUCAAAGAGCGCUCCAGCAGAAUCUAGCGUUCAUGCCCAUGGUCUACGUGAGGAAGAGGAGAAUCAAGGAAGCAUAACUGCUAAAGCAAACAAGAAGAAGAGUACAAACAGAAAACGAAAGGUACAAACAGAAACAGAUAUGAUACUUGUUGAAGCACAAGACAACUUGCAGCAGAUGGAUGGUUUAACCUCAGAUAGUAUGACCCUGAGCGGAUAUUAUGGAACACAACAGAAUGUUCAAGGCUUGGUGCAGUUGAACUUGAUGGAGCCUCCCCAUGAUGCGACGUAUUAUGUCAGUCAACAAAGCAUUCAAGGGCUGGGCCAGUUAAAUACAAUUGCAGCCAAUCAUGAUGGAUUUUUCGGGGUGCAGCAUAAUAGCAUUCAUACACUGGUAUUUGACAUUAUUCCUAUGGAUAUGCUUGGUGGACUAUCGGCCAGCGACAAGUUAUAGUUAUAGUUUACAGGAGGAGCAGCAUUUGAGAUCUGCCCAGCUUCAUGGCAGUACUUCAAGACAUACUUGAUGAAGAAACAGACAGCUUUCCAUGGUUAGUUGAGUUGUACAAAGUAUAUAGUGGCUGUACUUUUUUCGUACAACGUAAUAUCAUACCUGAGCUUCUUUCCCUUUUUUAGAUCAGAGAUAGAAAAAGAAGUUAUGCAUAUUUAUAAGUUAGCUACUUUGUUAUUUAGGCUGUCCAAGAAACAGUUCCCAUGAAAGAGGAAGGGGAAACAAUUUAGGCUGUAUAGUUGUAGCAGAAAUCUGUUGUAACUUGUAAGAAAGGAAAAUUCUGCUCUUGUAUAUGAUUACAAUUGCUUGUUAAAGCAAUAUUGAUACUAGUCUCACAAAAGUGAUUUUGUUUUGAAA